UUUGGCGGGAGGUCGCGUCGGCGCCGCCAGUGUACAGUACGAGUGAAUCUUACUUCGAUUAUCACUAAAUUCAAACUUUACUCAGUUGCUAACCGUCAGUAUGUAUCAAUAGUUCACACCUGUGAUGUUUUAUUUACUCUCGGGAUUUUAACAUGGUUAAGUUGCACAAACAGACUUGAACAUCAAAGAAACCGGAUGUGAUCGGCGAAGGUAACCGUAUCUCGAUGUGAGCCUCAUCCAUCAGCCAUGUCCGCCAACAGACGGAUGACGAGCCACUCGCUGGCCGUGGACAAGUGCUCCCACUGCACCACGCCGUCGGAGCGCGCCGCGCCGCAGGUCAUCACCGUCAAGGUGGGCUGUCUCCACGUCAACCCCUCCACCAUACGCGGGCGACGCGUGUUCCUGCUGCAGAUGGUGGCGCUGUGCUUCGUGCCGCACGCCGCGCUCAUCGUCCAGAACUGCUCCAUCAUGGCCCAGCUCUCCCAGACCUUCGACGCCUCGCUCUACCUCAGCGACGAGGUGUCGAUGAUCUUCACGCUGAGCAAGACGGUGCUGCUGGUGCAGGCGGAGCGGCUGCUGGUGUGCAAGUACCUGCACCGCGGCGCCGGCGGACCCCACCUCUUCGACAAAGACGUGCUGCAGCACUCGUUCCUGAUGACGGAUCUGGAGCUGGACAACAUGAGCUCGCUCGUCUCCGACCAGCUCAAGAUCAAACUAUACGAUGUCAGGGAGGAGUUACUGAGCUCACCGCACUACGAGCGGCUGGACCUGCGGGAGACGAGCGCCGUGUACCAGCAGAUCAACUCCGUGGUGCUCCUGUACAUGAUCCAGAACAUCAAGGCCACCAGGUCGACGCUGUGGAGGCAGCUGCUGUCGAGCUACGAUCUGGUGAGGUCGAUCGAGGAGCUGUCUAUCGCGUACGUGUUGUACUCGCUGACCGCGGAGAGCGGCGGGGGCGGGGGGCCGGACCUGACGGGGGAUCUGGCGCGGCACCUGGGUCUGGCGCUGGAGCACCUGCAGGCGGCGGCGCAGUACUUCCAGUACCGGGGGCUGACGGAGGAGGCGCGGCUGAUCGACGAUGUCACUACUUUUUAUAAGAGCGCGGCGUUCCCCGCCACCGCCCCCGCCCCCGCGGACACCCGGCGCAACGUGACGGAGGUGCUCAUCGCGGAGACUGAGAAGCACCUGGAGCAGCUGACGGCGCUGCACAAAACGCUCUGGAAUGUUCUCGGCGACUCUGUGCGGUCGGAGGUGUGGGCGGCGCGGCGCACGCUGGUGCUGGGCGUGGUGGUGCUGCUGGUGGUGCUGCUGGCCUCGCCGCUGCUGAUAUGGCUGCUGCGACACACCGUCGACACUAUACAGGUGUUCACGGACUCGAUAGAGCUGAGCACCCAGAAGCUGAUGGCGGAGAAGCAGAAGAGCGACCUGCUGCUGUCGCGGAUGCUGCCCCUCCCCGUGCUGCGGAGGCUGCGGGCCCAGCGGACGGUCCCGGCGGAGUCCUUCGAGGCCGUCACCAUCUACUUCAGCGACAUCGUGGGCUUCACCAACAUCUCCGCCAAGAGCACCCCCAUGGAGAUCAUCAAUAUGCUCAAUAUGUUAUACAGAAUGUUCGACGACAAGAUAAUGAAGUACAACGUGUACAAGGUGGAGACGAUCGGCGACGCCUACAUGGUGGUGUCCGGCCUGCCGCAGAGGAACGGCAACCGUCACGCGGUGGAGAUCGCGGACAUGGCGCUGUCGCUGAUGCGCGGGCUGUCCGGCGCGGUGGUGCCGCACUGCCCGGCCGAGCCGCUGCGGAUCCGCGCCGGCGUCAACACCGGGCCCUGCGUCGCCGGCGUGGUGGGCGCCACCAUGCCGCGCUACUGCCUCUUCGGCGACACCAUCAACACCGCCAGCCGCAUGGAGAGCACGGGCGAGGCGAUGAAGAUCCACAUCUCGCAGACGACGAAGGAGGUGCUGGACGAGUUCGGCGACUACAUUACCGAGCCCCGCGGCCAAGUCGACGUCGCUGGCAAGGGCAUGAUGCAGACGUACUGGCUGGUGGGCAAGCGCGGCGAGGCGCAGCCCGACAGCCCGCAGUGCCUCCGUCUGCAGGACUACGACCAGGACGUGCUCGAGCUGCUCAUCAAAUCGACCUAAACUCUCGUGCUCGGCCUCUACGGUCGCUCCGCCCCCCGCCGGUCCCCGCGCCCCUCCCCCGCUCCCGGCCCGCCCUCCCCCGUCCCACCGAGGAGACCUAAAAUUAAAAAUUAAGUACGCUAUAUACCUUUAAUUUUUGCCGUGGCGAUCUUAAAAUUUUGCGCGGCCUUUACGUAUGUGGGUGUAGCGUCCCGAUAUUGACGAUAAACAUUGUGCUCGAUUUAUAUUUUUCGUCGUUACGUUGACGUACCAUGUGUAGGGAUCUCGUCUGCUCAUGUGAUGACGUACGUUGGUCUGAAUUAGAUAAUUUUAGAUGAUAUUAUAAGUAUACCUUGUAAUUUGCCGCGACAAAGUAUUAUAAUAUUUUUUUAUUACUGUUAAUCAGUGUUUAUCAAAUAAAUUGGCAUGCCAGUCGUAGGGAUUUCAUUUUUUGUACAGUAGUUGUAUAAAUGACUUCACAAACGGACCGUUUGUAGAGGUGUAUGUGAAUGUACUGAUACUUAAAGCGUUGACACUAAAAUAUUUGAACGUUCUGCUUGCAUAAGGGAUGCAAUACAAUCACACAAUCUGCAUGGCGCGGUCAUGCAGAUUGUAUGUAUAAUGUGCGCCGCGGACUCGAUCGCACAAAAAGUGUGCCGUCUGUGAUCUCCCUUUAACGUAGCAGCUGCGCAAAAUAGUCAAAAUUCAUCGAAAUAAAAAGUUGCUAAAGCAGAAAGAAGCACCCGAGAUUUUAACUAAAGACCAAAGAAGCUGUCGUUUCGCUAUUAUAAGUCUUUACACGUAGAUCACUAUUUUGCAUCGAUAUCCGUCCAUGGUACGUCAAACCUUUGUGAAUAUUGUUAAUAGUUAUUAUAGAAUGUUUGUUCCAAAUAGAUAAUAAAAAGUUAUUUUAUUA